GGUCCCUAGAGCUGCCAGGCCCGAUCCACUGUACUGCAAACUCAAACCCUCUCAUCUCAGAUGCUUUGCUCCAGCCUAGUAUUCCCAAGUAUCACCAAAUCUUCACACCUUGCUCAGAUAAGCUACCGUUUGCCUUUUUCCCGUCCCCUGAUCAAGGUUCCGCUAGCGUUUUCCAGGUCUUGAAAUUCCUUUAGAUAACUCUCUUGUUGUAUUGGUUCUUAGAUCUCGUCACUGCCGCUGAUCACAAACAGUUCGCAUCAUGGCGGGUCUUUCGCUAGAUCUCUCCCUCAGCCUCCUGCCCUCUGCUCCCUCGUCGUCGCCUGUUGAGGCCAUCACAAACCUUCGCGACGCUCUCUCCAGCCCGCGGAAGGCGAAGCGUCACUGCCUAACCGAUCUUCGUCAAUCCGAUCUCCAAUCAAACCCUCACCGCCAGCCGCAUCCGUCGCACGUCGUCGCGCUUCCCUCGAGGCACCUUCCGUCGUCGGGCCUGUCGCUAGCAAGCAGCCUUGACGCGGAACCCGUCGCCGCGCCCGUCGCAGAAUCCGUCGCCGCGGUGUCGCAGAGGGGUAACGUGAACUCCUCUUUCCAUCUCCUCGACUCGUCUCCCUCGUCGUCUCCCCCGUCGACCGGCUCCUUCUCCCCCGCAUCCCGCGCUCCCUCCGCCUUCACCGCUCUCGCAACCCUUGCGCACGCGCCGCCGUCGCACUGCCUGCCGGCGCUCACCCCUCCGCCUCCCUCAACUCCGCCGCCGCCCGCUUAUCAGCACCGCGGCUGGUUCGGUUCCGCCAACCCCCCCGCAAGCUGCCCCCCCGCCAGCUGCCCCCCCGCCGUGGGAACCGCCUGCAUGACUCGGCUAACGAUGCCGCCCUCCGCUUCUCCCGCCGCCCUUCCCGCGGCGCGACUCGUCGCAUCGAACUCUCAGCCGUCGGGUGCACCGCGUGCUCCACUUGCGCUAGUUGCGGCGGCUCCUGCGGCGGCGUCUGCGACACUGUCGGUCAGCCGGGAAGGGGGAGCGACGGCAGGUCCCGCCCCGCCUCCUCCGCACCCGGUUGUCAUGGGCGCUGCGGCAGGAGCGUUGACGGCGCCGACCGGGGCUCCGAUAGCGGUGGCGGCGGCGGCGGCGGCGGCGACAUCGGGUCCGAAGAAGCGGAAGAGCAUGAAGGACCGGAGGUUCCGUGGAAUUCGCGAGCGUUUGUGGGGUCGUUGGGCCGCGGAGAUUCGGGAUCCCCGAACCAAGAAGCGGAUCUGGCUCGGCAGCUUCGACACUGCCGAGGCUGCGGCCCGAGCCUACGACGCAGCCAACGUCCGGCUGCGAGGAGCCAACGCCCGAACCAAUUUCCCUCAGCCUGAGCAACUGGGUGCCUCGGAAAACAACCCUGCCGAACCUGGACAGAACCAGGCUCUGCCGAACGUGGGCUCCAGGCUCGGGGAGCCAGGGAGUCCAACCGCGGGGUCAAGCUCGGAUGGUGGCGGCGACAAAGUCGCGGGUGAGGAGCCGUACGCGUUACAAGAGGAGGCGGAUGUGGUCGCGGCGGCGGACAGCCUGUCUCUGCUCGCCGCGGCUGCGCUUGCGGAAGACCCUGCGCCCGCGCCGGCGCCCGCUCCCGUGCCUGCGCCUGCGCCUGUGCCUGCAGGUCGGGCCACAAAUGGCGCGCCGAUUUCCCUGAGUGCUACACCCGCGGCUGUAGCCUCAGGGCCGACGCCGGCCGCGCGAGCAGCACCUGUAGCAGCGCCAGCAGCAGCGCCAGCGGCAGUGUCUCUUUCCCCUGCGGCGACUAUGGCUCCUCGUCCCACCCCCAUCGCCCCAGCUCCCGUGCAGUAUCCUCCGGGGCAGCCUGGCCCAUACCCGUUUGUUGCUGUCGCGCCUUGGCAGUUCAGUUCGCAGCGCAAUCCUCACCAGUUCAUUAACAAUGUACAACAAUUCUCGCACUCGCCUCAGUUUUCUCACUCCGGCCAACCGACCUACUACCAUGCGGCUCCUCCAGUCAACUCCCACCCCCCUCCUCACUCGCAGCAGCCGGCCCUAGCCGUUCCAGCUACCUCCCCCUACCCCACCUUCCCAGGCUCCUGGGGGCACAACUCCAACGCACCACCGCAGUUCCAGCAGCACCUCCCCCCUCUUUCCGCAUCAGCCCCCGGCCCUCACGUGCCUCUCUCCGCUCCCGCGUCCGCCGCGCUUGCUGCUGCUGCAGCCAUGCCGUCGCACCACUCCCCCGCGCCGUUCCCAGGCUCUCAGCACCCGCCUCCUCCCCCCGCUGCUGUCACGCCACGCACUGUCGCAUCGCACAAGGCGGCGCCUCUGAUGGGGCUGCUGCAGUUGCCCAAGUCCCUGACGACCGGUGCUGUUCCAGCAGGUCAGCAAUCAGCUCUAGCUCCUGUGACAACAGCAGCACCACCUGCUGCACCUGGAGGCGUUACAGCAGCAUCAGGAGCAGGAGGAGGAGGAGCAGGAGCAGGAGGAAUUGUUUCCUCUGGUCCUGUGUGCAGGUCUCUGGUUCCUCAGGACCAGUCGCCGUGCACGUCUGUCCCUCCGUCGGCCUCCCUGCCCUCUCACUCCUCCAGCAGCAGCAGCUACGCCGGAGGCUCGGGUGCCGACCAGUGCACGGCUGCGUCUGCUGAUGCUGGCACUGCUGGUGCUUCUGCUGGUGACGGUUCCCCUGCUGCGGCUGGUGCUGGGGCUGACAGUGCUGCACAGGGUGUGAAGAGCGCUGAGAACAAGAUGAAAGAGGGUCGCACUCGGCUGUUCCGCGGUGUUCGCCAGCGUCCGUCUGGAAAAUGGGUGGCUGAGGCUAGGGACCCCCACUCGCGCCGUCGCAUCUGGCUUGGAAGCUUUAACACCCCUGAGGAAGCGGCUCGGGCUUAUGAUGCCAUCUCAAGGAAGUUUAGGGGUUCUGCUGCCAAGUGCAACUUCCCUGAAGCUGAGGGGGCGUUGGACAACAAUGCAGCCUUGACUGAGCUGAUGGAUGUGAGGGGCCGCUCGAUAGCCCAAGCGGCAUUGACUUUUGAGCGGUAUGGCCCUGGUGGAAGAAAGGCUACGUACAGAGACCCUGUGCUGAUGCAAAUUGCCGCCCCAAACAGCCAUAACUGAUACUGAUAUUUGAGAUUUUAUGGGAAUGGUUGACCGUAACCACCCUGAUUUAGGUGCAUACCUGUGCCAACUGGGGAGACGUUUGAAAUUCACCUGUGCUUAUAAUCGGAUGAAAUUUGCAACCUUGGACCCUCUCGGGAUGAGCCUAGAGUGUUUGGCCUUGACAAGUUCAACGGUGACAACUUUGCUGAGUGGUCCUUCAAGAUGGAGAACAUCUUUGACCACUAUGAUCUGCUGGAGGCGAUGGAAGGAACGGAGAAGCGCCCCGAGAACGACCCGGAGA